GCUUACCUGGGAGAGGCAGGGAGGGUGUCGUAAAAGGAGGGAAAGCCGCCCGGCCGGCUGAGGAAGGAGCCCCGGGCGCGGCGGGGAGCGCAGGAGGCGCGCAGCCCUCUCGCUCUCCUGGGGCAGCCCGGCGCGAACCUCCCUCGCCCGCAAGCUUGCUGAAAAAUCCUGGCCUUGCAGUAAGGCAGCUGACUCACUUCCGGUUCAACAAAAAACCUUGGAAAUGGCCUCUGUGUCAGGCACUUCUGUGGGUCGAAGCAUACCAGUCGAAGUGGAUGAAUCCAUGCCAUGGUCCCAGUUACCUGAACAUAUCUUGGAAAAGGCUUUGCAGCCUUCUGGAGAGGAUAUGGAGGAUGAGGAGGCCCAUGUUGCUCAAACACCUCAGGCCGAUCCAUCUUGCCUUUGCAGAGCACCAGCACAUCAUCAUUCAGCGCUGUCUGUGGAGCCAGACAGCAGCUUGUGGUCAAAAUAUACUGAUCCUGGUGGAGGUGGACACUCCCGUUCCCCUGGUGAAUCAAUAUCAGGAGUAUUUCCCUCGAAGACACAUUCUGUAGCUAUGGACAAACCAGGCAUGCAGCCAAGAUCGCAGCUUUCAGCUGACACCAGGCACAAGUCCAGUAAAUCAGAGCAGAUCUUGUCUGAUGUUCCUGAGGACUCACUGGAGGAGAGCAGCCAAGGGAGUUCACAGUCACAGCAACCCUCAGGAAACAGACUCCUGGCAGAGCUGGGAACUGUAGAUACAGGGUACAACUCCCAGUCACAAGACGUCAUGGGCAUCAGGCAUCUGGAACCCCCCUUACCACUGGUGUCUGUGCUGAACCCCCAGGACCUCCCAGGACCGCUGAUCUCCAGAGAGUUUUUGGGACCUGAGCAUCAGCAGUGCCCUGUGUGCCAUCACUUGCCCCAUCCCAACACGCAAGCCCACGGCUGCUUCAGGCACCGCUGCCCGGCACAGCAGCCCCCCCAAGGCCCGUAUGGCAGAGCUCCUUACCAACAUUUUGCUGAGCCAUUGCAACCACUUCCUCCUGUUCCUGGACCUUGCAUGAGAGUUAUCCGCCCGGCCCAGCAAGUCAUCCCAAAUUACUCAAACCUCCGUGCUCCCAAAGGCACUGGAGACCGACCACCCCAGAGGACAUGCUCCUCCCCUGGUCCUCCUCGAUUCCCAAACCAGCUAUACAACCAGCUACCUAAUGGUCAGCUGCCCCCCAAGGCAUGUGGCCUGGAUGAAGCAUGUGGUUGUCCUUCUGACAAUUUUCCAUCUCCAGCUGCUGUCCCAAGACCUCUCAGUAACCCUGCAGCCAGGGGAACUCUGAGAACCAGCAAUCUGCCGGAGGAGUUGCGCAAGGUCUUUAUAACCUACUCGGUGGAUACAGCAGUGGAGGUUAUGAAAUUUGUGAAUUUCCUGUCUGUAAAUGGAUUUCAAACUGCUAUUGAUAUCUUUGAGGACACGGUACGAGGUAUUGACAUCAUUAAGUGGAUGGAGCGCUACCUAGGUGAUAAGACGGUGAUGAUAAUCAUAGCAAUCAGUCCAAAAUACAAACAGGAUGUGGAAGGGGCUGAAUCCCAGCUGGACAGGGAUGAACACGGCUUACAUACUAAAUACAUCCACAGGAUGAUGCAGAUUGAGUUUAUACAGCAAGGAAGUAUGAACUUCAGAUUCAUCCCUGUGCUUUUCCCAAAUGCCAAAAAGGAACACGUGCCCACCUGGCUGCAGAACACUCACAUUUAUAACUGGCCAAAGAAUAAGAAGAACAUCCUUUUGCGGUUACUGCGGGAGGAGGAAUACGUUGCUCCUCCGAUAGGACCUUUACCAACACUCCAGGUUGUGCCGCUGUGAACAUUUUAACUUAAAGCACAUGACGAGUGGUUGUUAAAGGGUUGUUCCUGGCAGGGAGCCAGCACUCUUCCAGAUGGCUCUUUUUGAUGACAGAAGACACUCUUUCUGCUAAAGGAAUUGGUUGUCUUGGGUUACUCAGGCUCAGCUUGUUCUCUACCAUGUUAAACAUCUAUUUCCAAAGCUGAUGGGGCAGAACUCUCUUCUCUAGAUUUUUUAAUAAGCUACAAAUGGAAAGAGUGCCCACUUUUAUUUUAACAUCUGGUUUUAACAUAUUCCUUUUAUUAGUCAUUAUAGCAAACAAAUACCAGAAAUAAUGUUGCAAUAAGUGUAAAAUAAAAAUUACAUGCUCCUUUUUGCUCAGGGUUUCUUUAAAGAUAUUCCUGCUUUGUAUAGCA